ACAGUCCUGCGAUGUACAAAUUACAUAACGAUGAAAUGAGUCCAAAAUAGAUGACAUGACAUCAGUACGGUCUCCAAUGGGUGCCAUAGCAACUAUUUAUCGUAAACCAUUUACGAAAACCAAUCAGAACAAAGAAUCGAUUGAGUUCUGUUUUAAACCACAAUGCAAGCUUGGUAUUGUUUCAUAGUUGAGCGAAAUUCAUCGUGGGUCCCUCUGUUCUCCGUGACGAAGUUUUGAAUCAUGAGUGCUGAAAUAGAUACGCACAUAACGAAGAAGUAUGAAAUCAAGAAACGUUUGGGAAAAGGAGCUUAUGGAAUCGUCUGGAAAGCUAUCGAUCGACGAACGGGAGAAGUCGUUGCCGUCAAAAAGAUUUUUGACGCUUUUAGAAACCAAACUGACGCUCAGAGAACCUUUCGUGAGAUUUGUUUCCUUCAGGAAUUUGGAGAUCACGACAACAUCAUCAAACUGCUAAACGUAAUAAAAGCAGAUAAUGAUAAAGACAUCUACCUGGUUUUUGAAUAUAUGGAUACUGAUCUUCAUAAUGUAAUAAAGAAAGGAAACAUUCUUAAAGAUAUACACAAAAGAUAUAUUAUGUAUCAGAUAUUUAGGGCAGUUAUGUACCUACACUCAGGAAAUGUCAUACACAGAGAUCAAAAGCCAAGUAAUGUCCUCCUGGAUUCAGAGUGUUUUGUUAAGAUGUGUGACUUUGGUCUAGCUAGAUCAGUUACCAGUAUGACGCAAGAAGCUGGUGAUCCAAGUUUAACAGAUUAUGUGGCAACACGCUGGUACAGAGCUCCUGAAAUUCUGCUAGCAUCACCAAGGUAUACAAAGGGUGUAGAUAUGUGGUCUCUAGGAUGUAUUUUAGGAGAGAUGCUUUUAGGGAAACCAAUAUUUCCAGGAACAUCAACUUUAGAUCAAAUAGAGAAAAUUAUGACAAUAAUCCCAACACCAUCUAGACAAGAUAUUGACAGCAUCAAGUCACAAUACAGUUCAUCAGUGUUAGACAGAAUGACCUGCAAACCUAAGAAAAGUCUUGAAGAAAUUCUUCCAAAUGCACCACCAGAUGGAAUUGAUCUGUUGAAAAAACUACUUCAGUUUAACCCUGACAAGCGACUGACAGCAGAGCAGGCUUUAAGUCAUCCAUAUGUAGCAAGAUUUCACAACCCUGAAGAAGAACCAUCAAUGGACUAUGAUGUGAUUCCUGCCCUGAAUGACGAUGUUCAGUUAAGCGUGGAGGAGUAUCGUGUUAAACUUUAUGAGAGUAUCAUUCAGAAGAAAACCACCAUCAGAAGAAAAAGAAGGGAGAUUUUUCUUCAGGAUCAGAAGCAGAAACAUGCACAGGCUGCUGAGCAAGCAAGGCAGCAGGAGAGGGAGUCUCAGCCCCUCAAACAAGUUGAAAACUACACUCAUACUUCAAGCAUCACUCAAGCACACCAACCCACACACAGCUCACCAGUCAAAUCACCUGUUCAUAGGAGUGAGGGAGUGACUGUAGCUUUUGGAAGAACUACCAAGAUACAGCACCAAAGAUCACCUUCUGCUGGAAAGAGCAUGGUGAGAAGGCACAGCUUAGAAAAUGACAGUGUUAUGUCCCCACCAAGGCAAAACCCAGCAGGACGUGCAAGGCCCAUAUCUGCACAAGUGAAGCCCAAGAACACCAUAAUCACACGUAGUAAUAGUGCUGACAAACUUCUACAAGUGACAAGUGCUCGCCUCGUUCCAGCUCAAAGACCUCCUUCAGCUAAAGCAAUACACAGACCAGCCAGGAAACCUGUCCCCAAUCCUAAUCUGAGUCGAUCCCCUUUUGAAAGUUAUGCACAAACACAUGGAACAAUAUCAAAAAGUUCACUAAAAUCUCUACAAUCCAGAGUUUGGUAAAUUUAUUAUCUAUAGGCUCUUUUAUAAUUGAACCGUUUUAUUGCUUGAAAUUUCUCAAUUGCUUUCCUGAGGUUAUCCACAGGGAACUUUGUACUUAAUUAAUUUAUUCAGUAUGUAAGUGUAAUAAAGAUAUAAAUCAAUUUAUGCAGACUUUGAAUUUUGCUUAGCUUCUUUUUGCCACAGUUUUAUAUGUUGGGAAAGUACUACUUUAACAAUUUUUAUGUAAAAAUUAUUGAGUUAGUCAAAUUGUAAAUAAAUUAUAUCAGCAGCCAAAUGAUUGUAAAAAUUAUUGUAAAUCUCUUAAUUACCUGCUAAAUUGAAAAGUGAUCACAUCAAAGCAUUUUUUCUUAUCAGCAGUUCAGAGUAUUAUUUUGCCAUAUGAAGUACAAUUAAAGGAAACAUCUUUUCCACCCAA